GUGGCGACGAGGCGCCCGGAGUUCCCGGCUCCCUCUUCGUCCCCCCCCCAGGACUUUCUCCUGCUGGAUUUCCAGGGGGGGGAGAGGAAAAAAAAAAAUCUUCAUCUGAUUCAUCAUCUUCGUCCGAAGAUUUGGGUUUGGAGGAGAUUUGGGUUUGGGAGCCGGGAGGCCACAGCGACCGGUGGCUCUCGGGGGGGGGGUCCCCCCCUGCCCCCCGUCUCUUUGCAAGGCUUUUCCCUGGAUGUUCAGCGCUGGGGGAGACCCUCGCGGCCCCCGAAGAGUGGAGUUACCCCCAGGGUCGAGGAAGGGCUCAGACCGGCCCCGGCGCUUGGAGGCUCCCCCCUACCCCAGCACGGAUGCACGCCUGAGCCGGCCCACACGUGACGCAGCAUGUUCGACCCUGCCGCCCCCCCGGGGGGCAGCUACGGGGAGCACUGCUAUCUGCGACCCCUGCACGGGCCUGGCGCUGCGCAAGGCCUGGGCGACUACCCGCUGUGCCCCCCCUGCCCACCCCCCAAUGGGCCGGGCCCAGGGCCGGGGCUGGGGGGGGAGCUGGGAGGCAGCUCAGAGGCCACGGGCAGUGCCCGGUUUGCGCCCCGGGGGGGGCCCAAGCUGAGCAAGAAGCGGGCGCUGUCCAUCUCGCCCCUGUCCGACGCCAGCCUGGACCUGCAGAGCGUGAUCCGCACCUCGCCCAGCCCCCUCGUGGCCUUCCUCAGCGACCCGCUGCUGGGGCUGCUGGACCCCCGGGAGGAUCUGGAGAAGGAGGAGGGCCGGGCUGAGGCUGAGGCUGUGUAUGAGACCUGCUGCCGCUGGGAGGCCUGUGCCCGCGAUCUCGACACCCAGGAGCAGCUUGUCCACCACAUCAAUAACGAGCACAUCCACGGGGAGAAGAAGGAGUUCGUGUGCCACUGGCUGGCCUGCUCACGGGAGCGCCGCCCCUUUAAGGCCCAGUACAUGCUUGUGGUGCACAUGCGGCGGCACACUGGAGAGAAGCCCCACAAAUGCACGUUCGAAGGCUGCCACAAGGCCUACUCACGCCUGGAGAACCUCAAGACCCACCUGCGCUCGCACACGGGCGAGAAGCCGUACGUGUGCGAGCACGAGGGCUGCAGCAAGGCCUUCUCCAACGCCUCCGACCGUGCCAAGCACCAGAACCGUACCCACUCCAAUGAGAAGCCGUACGUGUGCAAGCUGCCGGGCUGCACGAAGCGCUACACAGACCCCAGCUCCCUGCGCAAGCACGUCAAGACAGUGCAUGGGCCCGAUGCCCAUGUCACCAAGAAGCACCGGGGGGACACAGGGCUGGGUCGGGCCGGGGUCCCCCUGGGACCACCCAUCGAGGCGCUGUCGGAGCGGGAUGGGGGUCGUCGCGAUGAGGCCAAGCUGCUGCCCCCAGACGCCGCCUUGGAUCUCCAUGCUAAUGCCCCCCCUACUCCCACAGCACCACCAGGGGAGAUGCCAGGGCUGUGUGGCGCCCUGCCUGGUGCCCCGCACCGCCGCCUCCUGGAGACGUCGGGCGAUGGAGCCAGUGAGCGCCGGGCCAGCACCACCAGCACGGUGAGCUCGGCCUACACCGUGAGCCGCCGGUCCUCGGCCGCCUCCCCCUUCCUGCGUCCAGGCGAAGCCGGGGGGGUCCCGAACGGCGUCGACGCUUACGACCCUGUGUCCUCCGACGCCAGUGGCGAGGCCGGGGGACUGCCGGGGCUGACACCGGCCCAGCAGUACCGCCUCAAGGCCACCUACGCCGCGGCCACGGGUGGCCCCCCGCCCACCCCGCUGCCCGGUGCGGGCCUGACGGGGCCCGGCGGCUUCCCUGGCACCUCUCUGCGGAGACACAGCACUAACGAGUACCCGGGCUAUGGCCUGGCGCCUGGCACUGGGCCCCGCCGGGCCAGUGACCCCGCCCAGGCGCCCGGGCAGCUUCCCCCUGCCACCGCCCGUGUGCCACGGUACCGGAGCGCGGGCGCUGUCCGGGCCCCCGAUGCCAGCCUGGCGCCCCCUGGCUUCGCCCCCUGUGCACCACGCAUCAGCGAGCAAGUCUUCCUGGAGAGCCUGGGCAUGGAGGGGCUGCUGGAUGCAGAGCCCUUCCUGGGCUACCCUGAGCAAGGCUUCCCCUGCUCGGCUCAGGGCCCAGCGCUGCCGGGCGAGACUCCCUAUGGCACCUCACAUCGGACCGGGGAGGCUGGCCUGGCGCCACCCGAAUACUCGCUGCCCUCUUGCCAGCACGUGCGGGGCAGCCUUCCCGCGCCGUGGGACCAGCCCGGGGGCACCAUGGACGUGAGCUCCGGGCCGCCGGGCCUGGCCGGGACCAUGGGCCACAGUGCCCCAUACAGCACCUGCGACCCGCCCCGGCUGGCGGGCGCCUGCGGGGGCCUCGAUCCUGGCUAUGGGCCGGGGUCCGAAGGCCUCAAAGACAGCCCGUGGGGGCUGGGGGCGCCGGGUGGCUCCAGCCUGGACUCGCUGGACCUGGAGAACACGCAGCUGGACUUCACCGCCAUCCUGGACGAGGCUGAGCCCGGUGGGCUGCUGCCCCCCCCCAGCCCUCCUGGCGCCCCCAACAUGGCAGUGGGUGACAUGAGCUCUAUGCUGAGCUCGCUGGCCGGGGAGAGCCAGUUCCUCAACUCCCUGUCGUGA